AUGAACCAACCUGCAACCAAUGCUCCUGGCAGCUUGGUCCCUGCAGAUUUGAUUCCAACACACACGGACGCUUCUCGUCCUCACUCAGACGCCUUUCUGGCUCAGAAAAUCAAUCCAGGUCCUUUCUGGACUCACAAUCCAGAAGGCUGGUUCGUUGGUCUCGAAAUCAACUUCGAGGUUCUCAACAUCACUGAUGACAAGCUUAAAUUCGCCACUCUCUGGCGCAGCUUGAGCAGAGAUGUUGCCCUUAGAAUAGACAGCACCAUUCGUAACCUUCCCCUUGAAGGCAGGUACGAGGUAGUCAAACAAGCUCUGCUAAAGGAGUUUUCCGAUACUAUUGAACAGCGUCUUGACAAACUUUUCGAGAGAAGCGCUCUAGGUAGCAAGAAGCCCUCUGAUCUUCUUAAAGAGAUGUACAUUCACGCCGGUCCUAACAUCGAUAAGGACGGUGUGCGUAGCUAUUGGAGGAAACUUCUCCCCAAGGACGUGCAGUUUGCGAUUGCGUCGUUAACGGAUCUUCCUGACGACAAGUUAUUCGAGCUUGCGGACAGGAUUCAUCACAUUCAUAACUCCGUCCCAGAUCAACGUCUCAAUGCGGUAGAGACGGAUAGAUCUAUUUCUUCAGUCGACCUUCAGGAUCUCAACAAGCGUCUAGCUAGCUUAGAGAAAUCUCUACGCGAAUCUCGCAACUCUUCUCGCUCUAAUAAUAACUCCAACAGAUCUAGGAGCAAGAGCCGUAACACUAAGUCCCGCAAGAGUGCUUCAGGGUUGUGUUUUGCGCACUCUAAAUAUCCAGACAAUCCUACCUCCUGCAGGAAUUGGUGUAGUAAGAACGCAGAAUGGAAAGCAAAAAACCAGUAA